AUGAAAGAGAUCGUAGAUCCCAUCGGCGUACACACGAACCGGGCGAUCAAACGGCGCAGGAGUGUCGCCGGAGCUGCAAACGGCGUCGUUUUUGUGGCUGUCGGCGGCUUGGCUCUGCUCCCGGGCGGCCACGGCAGUACCGCUCUCACCCAUCGCAACCUUUUCAUAACUCCUAUCCACGUUCCCAGGUUCCGGCGCCGGCGCCGGCGCCGCCCCUCCGCCACCGCCCAUCAAGAACAUCAUCUCCUGGCUCGGAUACUGACUUCCAAGGCCGAGCGCCGCCGGCCGAACCCCGCUGGAAGUCAUAUGCUCGAUGAAAUUGAGUCCACCGCCGCUCGGGAGCUGAGGUUCGGCGGCGUACGCGGCGGAGGGGCCGCCGGUGAAUCUCUGCACCAUGGCCCUGAAGUUGGCCGUGUCGGUGUUGAACAGUGUGGUCGGAGUCCGGCGGGAAGCCCUCGAUCGGCGGCGUGCCGGCUUGGCCACGCGGCCACGGUCGGGGCUGAGGCUGAAUCCGUUCCUGUGGGCUCCGGCGGCGGCGGCGGCGGCGGUUGGAGGGGUACUUUCGGUUUGUCCGACGGUGAAAAAGUCGGUGUGGUAGGGUUGUGA